ACCGGCUGAACGACGGCUUCUGGCACAUGGUGGAGCUGGUGGCGCGGGACGGUUCGGCCGUGAUCACCAUCGACGACAACGACGGGGCCGAGUUCCGGGUGGCCCACCCCUUCCAGCUGCGCACCGGGACCCAGUACUUCUUUGGAGGCUGCCCCAAACCUGCCGCCAUCACCGGCUGCCUCUCGAACCAAACCACCUUCCACGGCUGCCUGCAGAGCAUCAGCGUUGACGCCCAGCCCGUGGAGCUGGACCUGCUGAGGCAGGAGCGGCUGGGGCAAUACUCCAACGUGUUCUUCAACAUGUGCAGCAUCGCUGACAGGUGCACCCCCAAUCUGUGCGAGCACGGCGGCCACUGCCUGCAGUCCUGGGAUGACUUCAUCUGCGUCUGCAACCUGACGGGAUACAAGGGAGAGACCUGCCACAAAUCCCUUUACAAAGAGUCGUGUGACGCGUAUCGGCUCAGUGGGAAAACAUCUGGGAACUUCACCAUCGACCCUGAUGGCAGCGGGCCCCUCAAACCCUUCACCGUCUACUGCGACAUCCGAGAGGAUCGGGCCUGGACCAUCGUCAGGCACAACCGGUACUACGCCACGCGGGUGAGGGGCUCCAGUCUGGACCGGCCCUUCCUGGGCGCGGUGGAGUACUGGAACGCCUCGUGGGCGGAGGUGGAGGCCCUGGCCAACGGCUCCGAGUACUGCGAGCAGCACCUGGAGUUCUCCUGCUACAACUCCCGCCUGCUCAACACACCCUACGGGCCGCCCUUCAGCUUCUGGAUGGGCCGCCACAACCAGCGCCAUUACUACUGGGGGGGCUCCCCGCCGGGCGUCCAGCGCUGCGCCUGCGGCCUGGGCAAGAACUGCGCUGACCCCAAGCACUUCUGCAACUGCGACGCCGACCACGCCCAGUGGAGAACGGACAAGGGGAUGCUGAACUUCGUGGACCACCUGCCCGUCACCCAGGUCGUGGUGGGAGACACCAACCGCUCCCAGUCCGAGGCCCAGUUCCUGCUGGGGCCGCUGCGUUGCUAUGGAGACCGGAACACCUGGAACACCGUCUCCUUCAACAAAGGCGCCUCCCUCGUGUUCCCCACCUUCCUGGCCAACCACAGCCUGGACAUUUCCUUCUACUUCCGAACCACCGCCCUCUCCGGGGUCUUCCUGGAGAACGGGGGCUGCAGGAACUACAUCCGCAUCGAGCUCAACACCACCAGAGACGUGGUGUUUGCGUACGACAUUGGGAACGGGGACGAGAACCUGACGGUGAGAUCCCCCGUCCCCUUCAGCGAUGACGAGUGGCACCAGGUGAAGGCCGAGAUCAACGUGAAGCUGGCGCGCCUGCGGGUGGACAAGCUGCCCUGGGUGGUGCGGCUGGCCCCACCCCAGAGCUACGUCCGGCUGGAGUUCGACAGGCCCCUCUACGUGGGCUCGGCCGAGCACCGGCUGCGCCCCUUCCUGGGGUGCCUGCGGGCGCUGCGCAUGAACGGGCGGACGCUGAACCUGGAGGGCAAGGCCAACGAGACGGAGGGCGUGCGGGUGAACUGCACCGGCUACUGCCAGUACCCGCGGGUGCCCUGCCAGAACAGCGGGCUCUGCGUGGAGCGCUACAGCCACUACACCUGCAACUGCAGCCUCUCCGCCUUCGACGGGCCCUUCUGCAACCGCGACAUCGGCGCCUACUUCGAGCCCGGCACCUGCGUGCGCUACAACAUCCUGCCGGCCGAGCUCUCGGCCGCCCGCGAGUUCGCCAGCAUCAGGAGCCAGCCACUGCCGGGCUACAACCUGACCAGCGAGGAGCUCAGCUUCAGCUUCCGCACCGGCACCGCGCCCGCCGUCCUGCUCUACGUCAGCUCCUUCCGCAGGGACUACGUGGCCGUGCUCAUCCGCGAGGACGGGAGCCUGCAGCUGCACUACGAGCUGGGCACCGGCCCCUACGUCUUCCCGCUGACCACCACGCCCGUGACGGAUGGGAGGCCCCAUCGCAUCAACAUCACCCGCAUCAACCGCACACUCUACACCCAGGUGGAUUAUUUCCCCGUCACGGAAAAGCAGCUCUCCUUGUUAGUGGACAGGAAGCUGGACUCGCCCAAGAACCUGUACCUGGGGCGCGUGAUGGAGACAGGCAUGAUCGACCCCGAGAUCCAGAAGUACAACACGCCCGGCUUCUCGGGCUGCCUGUCAGGGGUGAAGUUCAACAGCAUCCUGCCCCUCAAAGCCAUCUUCCGCCCCAACGGCAGGCCGGUGCACUACAGCAUCAAGGGGGAGCUGGUGGAGUCCAACUGCGGCUCCAUGCCCCUCAGCAUCAUGGACAUCCCCCCCGAAAUGGACCCCUGGUACAUGGGCACAGAGUUCCCCCACGUGCACGACGACGGCUGGAUCGGGAUCAUCACUGGCUUUGUGACCUUCUUGCUGCUGCUCCUGGCCGGGCUGCUGCUGCUGCUGUAUCUCCACCACCACCGCUACAAGGGCUCGUAUCACACCAACGAGCCCAAAGCCGUCCAGGACUACCAUGGCCCCAGCAAGCCCCUGGUCCCACAGAAGGACCAGAACCUGCCCCAGAUCCUGGAGGAGGCGAAAGGCGAAUAGCCGCCGGCUGCAGGGGAAGGAAGGGGUUAAUGCCUCAAACGCUGGCACCUCCUGCACGGUGCUGGGAGGGGACCAAGCGCUGCCGGACCAAAGGGGCCAAGCAACCCAGAACUGCCAGAACCUGGCUCCUGGCUGGGGCGUCUGCU